GAGUUUGGUUGCGCCGUACUCGCAGUGCCUUCGGUAGGGGGAGGAGGCAGAGGAGGGAGUCGAACGGACAGAGCGGGAAGAGCCCGGUCUCUCUGUCCGAGUCCUGGAACUGACGCGCGGCGUCAGCCAGAGCUGUCUGCUUUCUGAGCGUUCGGUGUGGCCCGAGGUUUCCCACGUAAAGGUCCUCGUGAGAUCGAGAAAGAGAAAAUGGAGGAGGGUGGUGGCGGCAGUGUCAGCGCCGAGGGUACUAAAGCGGACGGAGGGGACCAGCUCUUAACUGUCAAACACGAGCUGCGGACCGCUAAUUUAACAGGCCAUGCGGAGAAAGUGGGAAUUGAAAAUUUUGAACUUCUGAAGGUCCUAGGAACAGGAGCCUAUGGAAAAGUAUUCUUAGUCCGUAAAAUAAGUGGUCAUGAUGCUGGAAAGCUGUAUGCUAUGAAGGUUCUGAAGAAAGCAACAAUCGUUCAGAAAGCCAAGACAGCAGAGCACACCAAGACAGAGCGGCAAGUACUAGAGCACAUUAGGCUGUCACCCUUUCUGGUUACACUGCAUUAUGCUUUCCAGACAGAGACGAAGCUGCAUCUCAUUCUUGAUUACAUAAAUGGUGGUGAGCUUUUUACUCACCUUUCUCAAAGGGAACGUUUCACAGAAAAUGAAGUACAGAUAUACAUUGGGGAAAUUGUGCUUGCCCUUGAACACCUUCAUAAGUUAGGUAUUAUAUAUCGUGACAUUAAACUAGAGAAUAUUCUUCUUGAUAAUAAUGGCCAUGUGGUGCUGACAGAUUUUGGCCUAAGUAAGGAGUUCCUUGCUGAUGAAACUGAAAGAGCAUAUUCCUUUUGUGGAACUAUAGAAUACAUGGCACCUGAUAUUGUCAGAGGAGGAGAUACAGGACAUGAUAAGGCAGUCGACUGGUGGAGUCUAGGUGUUCUUAUGUAUGAGUUAUUAACUGGAGCAUCUCCAUUUACUGUUGAUGGAGAGAAAAAUUCCCAAGCUGAAAUAUCUAGGAGAAUUUUAAAAAGUGAACCUCCAUAUCCUCAAGAAAUGAGUGCUUUAGCUAAAGAUAUAAUUCAGCAUCUCUUGGUGAAAGAUCCUAAGAAAAGAUUGGGUUGUGGACCACGAGAUGCAGAUGAAAUCAAAGAGCAUCCUUUCUUUCAGAAAAUAAAUUGGGAUGAUUUAGCGGCCAAAAAAGUGCCCGCACCAUUUAAACCAGUAAUCCGGGAUGAGUUAGAUGUCAGUAAUUUUGCAGAGGAGUUUACAGAAAUGGAUCCCACAUAUUCUCCUGCAGCUCUGCCUCAGAGUUCUGAGAGGCUAUUUCAGGGAUAUUCUUUUGUAGCUCCUUCUAUCUUAUUUAAGCGCAAUGCAGCUGUCAUAGAUCCUCUUCAGUUUCACAUGGGAAUUGAACGUCCAGGAGUGACAAAUGUUGCCAGGAGUGCAAUGAUGAAGGACUCUCCAUUUUACCAGCACUAUGACCUAGAUCUUAAAGACAAGCCACUGGGAGAAGGAAGUUUUUCAAUUUGUCGAAAAUGCUUACACAGAAAAAGCAACCAAGAAUAUGCGGUCAAAAUAAUAAGCAAAAGAAUGGAAGCCAACACUCAGAAAGAAAUAACCGCUUUGAAACUCUGUGAAGGACACCCCAAUAUAGUGAAGUUGUAUGAAGUUUAUCAUGAUCAGCUUCACACAUUUCUGGUGAUGGAACUUCUGAAUGGGGGAGAGCUGUUUGAACGAAUUAAGAAAAAGAAACACUUCAGUGAGACCGAAGCCAGUUAUAUCAUGCGGAAGCUUGUUUCAGCUGUAAGCCACAUGCAUGAUGUGGGAGUGGUACAUAGAGAUCUGAAGCCUGAGAAUUUAUUAUUCACUGAUGAAAAUGAUAAUUUAGAAAUUAAGGUAAUUGAUUUUGGAUUUGCACGUUUAAAGCCACCUGAUAAUCAGCCUCUUAAGACACCAUGCUUUACCCUUCAUUAUGCUGCUCCAGAGCUCUUAAAUCAUAAUGGCUAUGAUGAAUCUUGUGAUCUGUGGAGCUUGGGAGUCAUUUUGUAUACAAUGCUGUCAGGACAGGUUCCAUUCCAGUCUCAUGACAAAAGCUUAACAUGUACCAGUGCUGUAGAAAUCAUGAAAAAAAUUAAAAAAGGAGAUUUCUCUUUUGAAGGAGAAGCCUGGAAGAAUGUAUCCCAAGAGGCCAAAGAUUUGAUUCAAGGACUUCUUACAGUGGAUCCCAAUAAAAGACUUAAAAUGUCUGGCUUGAGGUACAAUGAAUGGCUACAAGAUGGCAGUCAGCUGUCUUCAAAUCCUUUGAUGACUCCAGACAUACUAGGAUCUUCAGGAGCUGCUGUGCAUACCUGUGUAAAAGCAACCUUUCAUGCCUUCAACAAGUACAAGAGGGAGGGAUUCUGCCUCCAGAAUGUCGAUAAGGCUCCUCUUGCAAAGAGAAGAAAGAUGAAGAAGACCAGCACAAGUACAGAGACCCGCAGCAGCUCCAGUGAAAGUUCUCAUUCUUCUUCCUCUCAUUCUCAUGGUAAAACUACACCAACAAAGACACUGCAGCCAAGUAAUCCUGAUAGCAAUAAUCCAGAAACCAUUUUCCAGUUCUCUGACUGAGGACUAUUACAGUGGUAGAAAGGGAAUUGGGGACAUCCGGCACCUUUACUUCCCCCAGUUUAGAACUGAGAGAUGUUUAUUGAUUUAAAAAAAAAAUACCUGCAAUGGAUUUCUUCUGUUUGGUUUGUCCUUGUCCAGUUAUUCUGGACCCAGUAUAUUACUGUGAAUAGAGCUAGUAUUAACACUGUUUGGAAAUCAAGAAUAAUACAAACAGUGCUUUUCUUAAAAGAGCAAAGGUUUCAGUAUAUUUAAUUAGAGAUUUUCCCCAACUGUUUAGGUUUGAGCUGCUUACAAAAUAAGUCUUUGUUUAGAUGUCUGCUAACAGGAAUUGGCCUGUGCUAAGUAAGAUGUUUCCAGCUCUGGAUGUCAUGGGGUUUCAAAGAAAACUUUGCACCCUUUGCAUAGUGACUUACCAGUGAAAAUGUCUGAUUUUUCUUAAGGAUUUUGUGAUGGAUUUCAUGUGUUGAAUACAUUUGUUUCUUGAGGGAAGAUUUUAACUUAUUGUUUCUAAUUUGUGCUUACAGAUGAUGAUAACCUGCAAAUGUAAAUCUUUUUCUAAAAAGGAUUCAAAAAUAUAAAGUCCCACAGUAUGUAUUUGGGAUCCAUAUGAGAAAUGCAUGUUUUUUAAUUUCACACUGCUCUUUCCUAGCAAUUUGUUUUAAUGGCUAUUGCAAUACAUUAGGGUACAUUUAUCUCUUUUCUAAGUCAUAUUGCACUUUAUGAAGGAGUAUGACAAAAUAAAGCGGACUGUUUUAUAAAGUGCACAGCUUAUACCACAUGUACUGUAUUUUAACCAUUUUUUCCAUUAUCUACU